AUGGAUGAUAGUUUACCGGAUCACGUCGAUGUGGUGAUUGUGGGCACCGGAUUACCGGAGGCAAUCUUGGCAGCAGCUUGUUCGAGAUCCGGUCUCUCCGUUCUACAUCUUGACAGGAAUCCUUUCUAUGGCGAAAAUUGGGCCUCGUUCAACCUGAACACGUUAGAUGAGUGGAUUGGGGAAAACAAAAAGGAGCUCUCAGAAACGACUGUCAGUGAAAGCAUAAAGGAAAAGAUUCAAGCUGAUGAGAGUUACAUCUCUUUUGGGGAUAAUCGACAAAUUUUCGACCUUGAAAAGCAAUGGACUGAGGACAGUGCUACUGAGAAAGUUGUGAAAAAUAAAGAUGGUGAAGAAACGACGAGCACUUAUCGCGCAAUCAUCGAGAAGGAAUGGAGACGUUUCAGCAUUGACAUUACACCAAAGAUUUUACUUUCCCGUGGAACCAUGGUGCAAACGCUUUGCGACUCGGAAGUUUCAAAAUACGCGGAAUUCAAGUGUGUGAAUCGACUUCUAUGUUUCUGCGAUGGCGACAAGAAGAUUUGUCGCGUGCCCUACAACAGAAGUGAAAUAUUUGAAACCGAUCAACUUAGUUUUGUGGACAAACGCCGCAUCAUGAAGUUUAUGCAAUUUUGCCUUGAAUGGAGCAAAAAUCAAGAUGAGAUGAAGGAUUGGAAAGAAUUUGCGGACAAAUCGUUUAGCGAAUUUUUGGCAACGGUUCACAAUUUGGAAGGUUCAACGCAACGAUUUAUCACCGAUGCAAUUGCGAUUCUCGAACCAAAUCCGACAACGUUAACGGGUCUCCAAGCCGUGUGUCGAUUCAUCGAUAGUGUUGGCGUCUUCGGACCAUCGCCAUUCCUUUAUCCGCUUUAUGGCUGCGGAGAGCUACCACAAUGCUUUUGCCGAUUGUGCGCCGUCUUUGGGGGAUUGUACGCUCUUCAUUUACAAGUCGAUGGAAUCAUCUUAAAAGAAAAUAAAGUGGUCGCUGUGGUUGCUGGAGGGCAGAGAGUAAACUGUGAUCAUAUUAUCACAUCGCCACGCUACGCCCCAAAGAAGUUUGGCACCCUUUCUGGUGAAUUAGUAGAUCGAGCAAUUUUGGUCACAGAUGACACGAUUUUAAAAGAAGAAAAAGAACAGAUCUCGAUCCUUUCACUUGCCUCAAUUUCCCCACCUCAAUGUGCAGCACGAUUAUUUGAAGCCGGUUAUGAAAGCUGUUUGGCACCACGUGGAUAUUAUCUCAGUCAGCUCACGGGCGCUCGCAGAGAUGACAAGAAUUACUUGAAAGAAGUUGAGGAAAAACUCUACGAUAGCGAAGACUCUCCACGAGUUCUGAUGAGACUGCGAUUCGCAAGUGCCGCUGGGAGUUUUCAGUAUUCCGAAGAAUCGCCGACAAAUUUUGCAGUUUUACCUCCACCAAAUGUGAAACUUGACUACUCGGAUGUGAUUAUUUCGAGUCGUGAACUUUUCACCAAAUUCUGGCCCGAUCGAGAUUUCUUGCCACGAGGCCUGCCCACUGUCGAA